UGUCUUAUCUAUGAUUAACGUAUAAUUAUAGGUCUAGAUCAUUUAGGUUUUCUUUAUACCUAAUCGAAGGGUUUUCUUGACUUGAGGAACAGAAAAUCCAUUAACCACUGCGUUUUUAUUGUGAUAUGGUGAUAAUAUAUUAUCUACACCCGAUUGUCUUUCAAAGUUACCCGUUUUUCUUUGCCCGUUUCCCUUAGCAACCGUUGUAAAAACAAUGUCAAAGCUUGGGCAAAAUUGGAUAUAUCACAAAAUAGCAACUUACAACUCUUUUAACCAAAAUUAUAAAUUGAACACAUCAUGAGCGAUAUCACCAAUUACUCGGUGGUUGGUCAAAUAGGAGAAGGGGCGCAUGGACUCGUGUUCAAAGCUCGACAUCUGACCACAGGGCGUGAAGUGGCUUUGAAGAAAAUACUUAUCAAGAACCUCGAGGACGGUAUUCCCGUUAAUGUUAUGCGAGAGAUCAAAGCACUUCAGCUCCUGCGUUGUAAAUAUGUGAUAAAAUUGUACGAUAUGUUUCCCCGAGGUAUGAGCCUUGUGCUGGUCUUGGAGUACAUGUGUUCUGGGCUAUGGGAAAUGUUGCAUCACAAUCAGCAACAGUUGACACUUCCUUGCAUCAAAUCCUACGCGCAAAUGUUGCUGAAGGGGACGCGAUAUAUGCACGCUCAUUACGUCAUGCAUAGGGAUCUAAAACCGGCAAACUUACUAAUCAAUCACGAAGGAAUACUAAAAAUUGCAGACUUAGGUCUUGCACGUCUUUACUGGCCUGAUGGCGGAAGACCCUACUCACAUCAAGUGGCAACAAGAUGGUAUCGCGCUCCAGAGCUGUUAUAUGGAGCAAGAUAUUACAGUGAAAAAGUUGAUAUUUGGGCAGUUGGAUGCAUCAUCGCAGAAAUGAUCACAAAUCAACCUCUUUUCGCUGGUGAAUCCGAUAUAGAGCAAUUAGCAAUAGUACUCCAACGUUUGGGAACACCAACAGAAGAAUCUUGGCCACGACAUUCGGAGCUUCCAGACUAUCACAAAAUAACUUUUCCUGAAUCAUCACCCAUGCCAUGGACUGAACUUCUACCUGGAGUAGACCCUGAUGCUAUAGAUUUGAUAAAAUCAUUCAUUCUUUAUGAUGAACAAAGGAGGAUAUCGGCUAAAGAGGCACUACGACAUGCAUGGUUUCAGACAAGACCAUUACCAGCUACAUUAGAAGAAAUGCCGAGGCCGAAAGUAUCAAAAGUGAAAUAAAAACAUAUCUUACUGUAAAAAAUAACACAUGCAUAGUGUCAAUCCAUAUUUUAUUCCCUUGCAAUCACUUAAAAGUUGUCAAAGGUGGAUUUGAUUACAGUGGGCAACAUAACAGUUGUAUUAUAUAU